UUUCUUAGAUAAUGUCUCAUAAAGUCAUUCAACCAAUAAUUUAGUAUCUUUAAUUUAGGAUUAGGAUUUAAGUAUGUUUUUUGUUUACGGGUGGGAUUAGGAUUUGUUUAAAAUUGGCAUAUAAAUACAUCCAAAUCAUCACCUUCAACUCUUCACCAGUUCUUCUACAAUGGACAUUGACAGUACAACCUUGAAACCUAAGGGGAGAGUAUUUCGCAGAGUCUUGACCGGCUAUUACGACGGCGCUGUUCAGGCGAUACCAGUGAUACCGGGGAACAGAGGGUGGUUCAUCUUCGCUACUUUUAUUGCGCAUGCAGUCACUUCUUUUGCAACGCCGCUCAUCUUUAGACGCUUCCGAGGAAGAAGAAGUGCCUUGGACGGCUUCUUGUUCAUGCUAGGGUACUGCGCCACGCAUUUUUCUCUCUUGGCUGCACUUUGUCAAGCCUAUCGUCGCGGCCUUUUACAGCGUCAGCUGGGUAGAGACGUGCCUGCAUCAAGGUGCGAGCUUGGUCGCCUGGCUAAAUCUGCAAAUUUCUUGAUUUCUAUUGUUACUGCUGUGCUAGCGCGCAGGUAUCUGGCUUACCAGUUGGAAAUUGCGAUCGUCAUAGCAAGUCUCACUAUGUAUGCACAUGCCAUGAUCAGAUUCGUAUGCUGCAUCUUUCUAGACCUAUGCCUCCGUGAUUUACUCUUGGCUGCGCUUAUGCAUAUGCUGGUCUUUGUAGCGUUCGGCAAUUCUCAUGCAUUUAUUGCAGCUUUAAUCUUCUGUGGUGCUCUCAUUUUGCACCAGUUUUUCUUCUAUACACCCGUCCCUGAUAUUUCUGUUGAGGAGCGGAUUGAAGCUGGUGCGCUGCGUUUGCUUGGACACUGUCGCUGAUUUCAUUUUAGGAUGUAAUAGUUUUAGUCCUACCAAUUUAAUUUCUAUCAAAAUUUAACUUUAUUAUUUAUGCAGUCUAUUUAAAUUCAAGUAAUCAAAUUGUUACCUCUUUAA